CUCCCGCCUUCCUGGCCUGGCCAAGCAGUCCAGCCAGCUUCUCCCUCCGCAGCCAUGUCCUGCUCUCCGCUCCUACCACUCUUGUCCCUUCUGCUUCUGCUAUUGCCACACGAGGUUCCCAGAGCAGCCACUGCGUCCGCGCUGCAAGCAUCCUCCGAAGGCGCAGCCACCUGCAAGGCCCACGACCUGUGCCUCCUCGGGCCACGCCCGUUGCCCCCUGCACCACUUGUCAGAGUCAGCCUCUAUUAUGAGUCCCUGUGUGGAGCUUGUCGCUACUUCCUCGUCCGAGAUUUGUUCCCAACCUGGCUGAUGGUUAUGGAAAUCGUCAACAUCACCCUGGUGCCCUAUGGGAACGCACAGGAGAGAAAUGUCAGCGGGACAUGGGAGUUCACGUGCCAGCACGGGGAACUGGAGUGUAAACUCAACAAGGUGGAGGCCUGUCUGCUGGAUAAGCUUGAAAAGGAGGCGGCGUUCCUAACCAUCGUCUGCAUGGAGGAGAUGGAGGAUAUGGAGAAGAAACUGGGACCGUGCCUGCAGGUGUAUGCUCCAGAGGUGUCACCAGACAGCAUCAUGGAGUGUGCCACCGGGAAACGGGGCACUCAGCUCAUGCACGAGAACGCGCAGCUCACAGAUGCCCUACAGCCACCCCAUAAGUAUGUGCCCUGGGUGCUAGUCAACGAGAAACCUUUGAAGGACCCCAGCCAGCUCCUGAGCACAGUCUGUCAGCUGUACCAGGGACUGGAGAAGCCAGACAUCUGCUCCUCCGUUGGCGACUCCCCCAGGGAGGUCUGCUAUAAGUGAAGGCCAUCGUCCCAAGACAAAUGCUCAGCUUGCUCAGACUGAGAGCCCGCGGGAGCUGCUGCCUGCCGCACGUCCCACAGAACCAGACUCAGAACUUCCCAGUGACCAGGAUCUCGCCUUAUUUUCAAAUGGUGCUAAAUUUAAAUUCAUAGAACAAAUCAUCUAUAUUACGGUGA